AUGGCUAACGAUGAUGUUCCGCAAAAGGCGGCGCCUUCGCAGCUAGUCUCUAAGAAGUCUCCCGCGCAGGAGCAGCAGAAGAAGAUGAGUCCAGGGGAGGAGAUGGAGAGCGAGUGGCAGCAGAUAGUGGAUUACUACGACCCGGCCAAUGUGGAGAAGCGCGCGGAGGAGGCGAGGAAGAAGGAGCUGCAGGCUCUCCAAUCCGCCAUGGAGGCGAAUCGCGAGCAGGAGCAGAUUCUGGAGGAGUUCUACGGCAUCAAGCCGCGGCCGAAGCAGUCUCUCGAGGAGCUCGAGAAGGCGGCGGCGGAGGUGGCGGAGGAGGACGAGUGGAACUUCCCGCAGGACCCGGACAAGUGGACGGAGGCGGAUCUCGGCGAGGAGUGGGCGGACGCGCCCGCCGACGCCAAGGUGCCGUUCUACGACCCGCUACUCGGGCUCUCCGCGCUCGACGCCGCCGAUGAUGACGCGGACGCCGACGACGGCCGCCGCAGGCGCAAGGCUCCGCGCAAGCAGCAGCGCGCGAAGCUGCCGCAUUCGGAGGACCGGUAUGUGCCGUACCGGCAGGGGCUGCCGCCGGUGAACGAGAUGGACGACGGCAGCUCGGGCGCGCUCAAGGCUCUGGAGGAGCUCGAGAUGGAGGAAGAGUUUCUGCAGUGGGCCUCCUACGUCUUCCGCGACGGCGCCACGUACGAGGGCACGGUGUGGAACGACAUGGCGCAAGGCAAGGGAGUCUACACCACGCCGCUCGAGCUCUGCAAGUACGAGGGCGAGUGGGUGCAGAACAUGAUGCAGGGCCAUGGCGUCGUCUCCGUCGACGUCCCUGCGCGCCUCCCGCCGCCAGACUCCGAGGCAUGGCGGAAGCUGAAGGCGGAGGGGAAGGUAUUCGAGGACGAGGAGAUGAGCGCGGAGGACAGGGAGUGGCUGCGCAUGGAGCUCGAGGACCUCUCAACCCAGGAGGCGGACGCCAAGAAGGCGGGGGGCGCGGGCGGGGAGGGCGCGGGGGCGGUGGAGGACCCCACGGACGCCGUGCCCUUUGAGGACCACCCCGGCUGGCUCAAGGUCUUCGGCCGCAAGCCGGAGAAGGGGCACUACGAGUACGCGGGGCAGAUGAAGCAGAACAAGUUCCAUGGCUGCGGUGUCUUCACCCUCAAUGGCAAAAUGCACUUCGGCAAGUUCCGCUUCGGCGAGUUUCUGCGCAACAAGGACGAGUGCGAUGCUCACACCUCCGGGUUCCAUGCGGGCAUGGCGCGGGUGGCAGCAGCCAAGGCGCGCAUGUUCGUGAACAAGCCCGAUGGCAGUAAGUCCCUUCCACCCCUCCCCCCUGCUUGCCGCUCCUCGCGCCCGCCCUGCUCCAUCCAUGCUGUCCGCCUUUUCCUGCCCCUGCACGGUCUACCGUCCCCACUUACAAUGAAUGCUCGCCUUUUUAUGCGAGCUCAGCAGGGCCUCCCCACCAUUCAACCGCGCCCCGCUGCUGUGAUGCUGCCUCUCGCCCCUCCAUCUCCCAUGACCCCCAUCACCUCAACCCCAAACUCGUUUACCACUCUCCCAUCCCAUCUUCCCCCCCACGCGUGCGAGUGCAGUGGUGCGCGAGUGGUGCGGGAGGUGAAGGGGCCAUACAACGAGCCGUCGCACCCGUACCUGUACGACGAGGAUGACAUGUGGCAGGCGCCGGGGUUCAUCCACGAGUUCCACGCCGUGCCCGCCGUGUGGCGCAAGUAUGCUGACGAGGUGGACGGCGAGCGCCAGCUGUGGCUCAACUCCUUCAAGAAGGCGCCCCUGCGCCUCCCCUCGCCCUCCGAGCUCUCCUACCUCUGGGACCAGAGUGAGUGCCGGUACUUAGGAGACGAGUUUGAGUGGGGGUCCCACGAAGAGUUUGUGGUGCUGCGCAACUCGCCGCGACUGCCGGAGCGGGCGGGGGAGAGUGCGGAGGAGGCUGAGAUGAGGCGGGCGGACAUGCAGGGGCAGGUGCUGGUGCACGUGCCGUCACGGCAGAUCAUCAACUGGACCACGGACGAGGAGGGCAAGCUGCGCCUCUUUGUGCAGCCCUUCACCAAGGAUGGCAAGGUGGAUCCAUCCAAGGCGCGCCCGCUGCCGCUGGGCUUCGAUGAAUUCAUCAAGGGCGAGGAGAUGGAGCAGGAGGAGGAGGAGGAGGAGGAGCAGGAGGAGAGCGAGGAGGCGCGGCGCCUCAAGACCCCCGAACAGCUGCAGCGCGACGCGCAGCGCCGGCGCGCCAAGGCCGCAGAGGCCAGGCGGCGCCGCGUGGCGCGGUGGGAGCGGGCGCUGCGCAACCAGGUGGCGUGGCGGCGCGAGCAGCGCGAGGAGGAGUGGGCGCGGCAGGACGCGGAGGAGGAGGAGCUGCGGCGGCUGGAGGAGGAGGAGUGGCAGCGCGAGGGCGACCUCAUGGAUGCCGAGUUUGAGGCCCGGCUUGACGCUGCUGAGGGCAUCCUGCCUGCUGGGGACGAUGAGGAGGAGGAGGAGGAGGGGGCGCAGCAGGGACAGGAGGAGGACGCGGCUGGCAAGGGGGCUGUGAAGGGCGGUGCUGCAACUGGGAAGGCUGCUGCUGGUGGCUCUGGGGCGGGAGAGGAGGAGGAGGGGUCGGAGAGCGAGAGUGAGGGUGAGAGUGAUGACGAGGAUGAGGAUGAGGACGAGAGGAAGCCGCGGAGCUUUGGAACGGUGGCCAUGGCGGUGGGAGGGGGUGAGGGCAGGGAGGAGGGCAGCGCAGGGGAGGGGUGGCUAAGGGGGCCAGCUGUAGCGGGCAGCACCACGGUCUUUGCCUCCAUCUCUCUCUCCUCUCAGGUAGAUGCACCUGCUUGUCCUUCUGAGCUGACUUACAAGUCUCCUUGUCUCUGCUCUCACCUCACCACCCUUCUACCCACUCUCCUAACCUCCCCCUCCCUGCCUACUGCACUGGCACUAACAGUGCGCAUGCCUGCGGUGCUGCCUCUCACGCCGUGCCUGCGUGCGUCAGCCCUGUCCUCUGCUGCACGCCGCGCACCCGUUGCUAGGAGCAGCUCACGUGGCGCUGCUAGAGCGAGCCAGGCCCGCCAGCAGCAGCACUCCCAGGAGGUUGCGGUGGGGGGCAUUCUCUCCCUUGCCCUGCCGCUGCCUGCCACUCCCUCCCUUGCCUAG